AACCCACCGACUGGGUAUAGCUCAUUGUCUUCGCAUCAUUACACCUGAUCAACUGCUGAAAUUAUCUGUGACUCAAAGAACUGACCACCAAGAUGAUGAUGAAGACUGUAAUCUUUUUGGGAUGCAUCCUGGGCCUGUCAUUGGCUCUUCCUGCUGAUGUGGAUCACUUGAGAGUUGCACGUUCCAGCUCUGACUCCAACUCUAACUCAAACUCCAGGGAGGCUGAUUACUUUCUGCCCUCCCUGCCACAGUUGAAUUCAAAUCAGCUACUUCAACUUCUACUUAAAUGGUUUGCUGCCUCUGCCCCAGCCCCUGCCCCAGCUCCUGCACCUUCUCCAGCCCCUUCACCUGCCCCUGCCCCUGCCCCAGCCCCUGCCCCUGCCCCUGCCCCCGCCCCUGCCCCAGCCCCUGCUCCAGCACCAUCCCCUGCUCCUACACCAGCCCCAGCUCCUGCCCCAGGUGGACGUUAAACAGGUGAAGUCAUGUUACAGUAACCCAGCCAUUAUUCAUUUCAUAUUUCAACAUGUAUAUUAGUUUCCCCCAGUGGUGUAAAGUACUUAAGUAAAACCUACUUUAAAGUACUACUUAAAUAGUUUUCUGUACUUUACUUUACUAUAUAUAUUUCGGACAACUUUCACUUCACAAAAUUCCUAAAGAAAAAAAUGCACAUUUUACCCCACACAUAUUCCUUCACCUCCAAAAUUAUUUUUUGAAUGCUUUGCAGGACAGGAACAAAUUCAUACGCUUAUCAAGAGAACAUCCCUGGUCAUCCCUACUGCCUCUGAACUGGUGGACUCACAAAACACAAAUGCUUAGUUUAUAAAGAUGUCUGAGUGUUGGAGUGUACCCCUGGCUAUCUGUAAAUAAA